UUUAUGCCAUUCAGUUGCCAAUAUCAAGCAAAGCAAACAUAAGCCAGUCUUAAUCUGCUUUCAAAGAAAAGUGGUAGUCCUUUUCACAGUGCCUGACAUAACCAUAUCAGAGGGUGAGGUAUAAGCUCACAGCAUCCAGAGAAAUCAUCAUGAAGUUAUAUGUAUUUCUGGUCAACACUGGAACUACUGUAACAUUUGACACUGAACUUACAGUGCAAACUGUGGCAGAUCUGAAGCAUGCCAUUCAAAGCAAUUACAAGAUUGCUAUUCAGCACCAGGUGCUGGUGGUCAAUGGAGGAGAAUGCAUGGCUGCAGAAAAUCCAAUUUUUCUUUUUAACAAAGAAAUGAUCUUAUGUGAUCGCCCACCUGCUAUUCCUAAAACUACAUUUUCAACAGAAAAUGACAUGGAAAUAAAAGUUGAAGAAUCUCUUAUGAUGCCUGCAGUUUUUCACACUGUCGCUUCAAGGACACAACUUGCAGUGGAAAUGUAUGAAGUUGCCAAGAAACUUUGUUCUUUUUGUGAAGGUCUUGUCCAUGAUGAACAUCUUCAGCACCAAGGCUGGGCUGCAAUCAUGGCCAACCUGGAGGACUGUUCAAAUUCAUACCAAAAGCUACUUUUCAAGUUUGAAAGUAUUUAUUCAAAUUAUCUGCAAUCCAUAGAAGACAUCAAGUUAAAACUUACUCAUUUAGGAACUGCAGUUUCUGUAAUGGCCAAGAUUCCACUGUUGGAGUGUCUAACCAGACAUAGUUACCGGGAAUGUUUGGGAAGACUGGAUUCUUUACCUGAACAUGAAGCAGAGAAGGCUGAGACGAAAAGAUCCACUGAACUGGUGCUCUCUCCUGAUAUGCCUACAACAACUAACAAAUCCUUGUUAACCUCAUUUCACAAGUCAGUGGAACAUGUAGCCCCAGAUGCCACAGAUGUUGAAAGUAGAAAAGAAGUUAGGGAGUCUUGUCAGAGUACUGUCCAGCACAAUGAGACUUCAGCAGAUGCUAAGGACGACGAUCUGCCCUUUUUCAAUGUUUCUUUGUUAGACUGGAUAAAUGUUCAAGAUAGACCUAAUGAUGUGGAAUCUUUGGUUAGAAAGUGCUUUGAUUCUAUGAGCAGGCUUGACCCACGGAUUAUUCGACCAUUUAUAGCAGAAUGCCGUCAAACUAUUGCCAAACUUGAUAAUCAGAAUAUGAAAGCCAUUAAAGGGCUUGAAGAUCGCCUGUACGCCCUGGACCAGAUGAUAGCUAGCUGUGGCCGGCUGGUGAAUGAACAGAAAGAGCUCGCUCAGGGAUUUUUAGCUAAUCAGAUGAGAGCUGAAAACUUGAAGGAUGCGUCUGUAUUACCUGAUUUGUGCUUGAGUCAUGCAAAUCAGUUGAUGAUUAUGUUGCAAAAUCAUAGAAAAUUGUUGGAUAUUAAACAGAAGUGUACCACUGCCAAACAAGAGCUAGCUAAUAAUCUACAUGUCAGACUGAAGUGGUGUUGCUUUGUAAUGCUUCAUGCUGAUCAAGAUGGAGAGAAAUUGCAAGCUUUGCUCCGCCUCGUUAUAGAGCUCUUAGAAAGAGUCAAAAUUGUUGAAGCUCUUAGUACAGUUCCUCAGAUGUACUGCUUAGCUGUUGUUGAGGUUGUAAGGAGAAAAAUGUUCAUAAAACACUACAGGGAGUGGGCUGGUGCUUUAGUCAAAGAUGGAAAACAAUUAUAUGAAGCAGAAAAGUCAAAAAGGGAAUCCUUUGGGAAAUUAUUUAGGAAAUCUUUUUUAAGAAAUCGUCUGUUUAGGGGACUGGACUCCUGGCCCCCUUCCUUUUGUACUCAGAAGCCUCGAAAGUUUGACUGUGAGCUUCCAGAUAUUUCAUUAAAAGAUUUACAGUUUUUGCAAUCAUUUUGUCCUUCAGAAGUUCAGCCAUUCCUCAGGGUUCCUUUACUUUGUGACUUCGAACCUCUACACCAGCAUGUACUCGCUUUACAUAAUUUGGUAAAAGCAGCACAAAGUUUGGAUGAAAUGUCGCAGACCAUUACAGAUCUACUGAGUGAACAAAAGGCAUCCCCACAGUCUGCUUCUUCACCAAGGGCAGAAAGUGCAACAGGAAUUACAACUACUACCUCACCAAGAAUUCCUCCUCCACUCACCAUUCAGGAUCCCGUAUGUCCUGCAGUAUGUCCCUUAGAAGAAUUAUCUCCAGAUAGCAUUGAUGCACAUACAUUUGAUUUUGAAACUAUCCCCCAUCCAAACAUAGAACAAACUAUUCACCAAGUUUCUUUAGACUUGGAUUCAUUAGCAGAAAGUCCUGAAUCAGAUUUUAUGUCUGCUGUGAAUGAGUUUGUUAUAGAAGAAAAUUUAUCAUCUCCUAAUCCUAUAAGUGAUCCACAAAGUCCAGAAAUGAUGGUGGAAUCACUUUACUCAUCAGUUAUCAAUGCAAUAGACAGUAGACGCAUGCAGGAUACAAAUAUAUGUGGUAAAGAGGAUUUUGGAGAUCAUGCUUCUUUGAAUGUCCAGUUGGAAAAAUGUAGAGUUGUUGCCCAAGACUCUCACUUCAGCAUACAAACCAUCAAGGAAGACCUUUGCCACUUCAGGACAUUUGUACAAAAAGAAAAGUGUGACUUCUCAAAUUCUUUAAAAUGUACAGCAGUAGAAAUAAGAAACAUUAUUGAAAAAGUAAAAUGUUCUCUGGAAAUAACACUAAAAGAAAAGCAUCAAAAAGAACUACAGUGUCUAAGAAAUGAAUAUGAAAGUAAACUUGGUGCACUGAUAAAGGAGAGUGAAGAAAAUGAAAACAAAAUUAAAAAAUUGAAAGGGGACUUAGUAUGCCUUGAGGAGGUUUUACAAAAUAAAGAUAAUGAAUUUGCUUUGGUUAAACAUGAGAAAGAAGCUGUCAUCUGUCUGCAGAAUGAAAAGGAUCAGAAGUUGUUAGAGAUGGAAAAUAUAAUGCACACUCAAAAUUGUGAAAUUAAAGAAUUGAAGCAGUCACGGGAGUUGGUAUUAAAAGACUUAAAAAAACUCCAUGUUGAAAAUGAUGAGAAGAUGGAGUUAUUGAGGGCAGAACUUCAGUGCUUAGAGCAAAGUCAUCUAAAGGAAUUAGAGGACAUGCUGCACGUCAGGCAUAACCAGGAGUUUGAGAAAGUUAUGACAGAUCACGAAGUUUCUUUGGAGAAAUUAAAAAAGGAAAAUCAACAAAGAAUUGAUCAGAUACAGGAAUCUCAUGCCACAAUUAUCAAUGAAAAAGAACAACAGCUACAGGAAUUAAAACUCAAGAUUUCUGAUUUGUCAGACAUGAGAUGCAAGUUAGAGGUUGAACUUGCCUUGAAGGAAGCAGAAACUGAUGAAAUAAAAAUUUUGCUAGAAGAAAGCAGAGCCCAGCAUAAGGAGACUUUGACAUCUCUCAUUGAACAGGAGACAGAAAAUUUGAGAAUAGAAAUAAGUAAACUAAACCAAAAGAUUCAGGAUAACAAUGAAAACUAUCAAGUGGGUUUGGCAGAGCUAAGAAUUUUAAUGACAAUUGAAAAGGAUCAGUGCAUUUCAGAGUUAAUUAGUAGGCAUGAAGAAGAAUCUAACAUGCUGAAAGCUGAGUUAAACAAAGUGACAUCUUUACAUUACCAAGCAUUUGAAAUAGAAAAAAACCUAAAAGAGCAAGUAGUUGAACUGCAGAGUAAAUUGGAAUCAGAAUUAAGUGCUCUUGAGAAACAAAAAGAUGAAAAAAUCACUCAACAAGAAGAGAAAUAUGAAGCUAUUAUCCAGAACCUUGAGAAAGACAAAGAGAAAUUGGUCAUGAGCCUGGAACAAGACAGAAAACAGUUAAUUCAGAAGCUUAAUUGUGAAAAGGGUGAAGCUAUUCAGACUGCCCUGAAAGAAUUUAAACUGGAGAGAGAAGUUGUUGAGAAAGAAUUAUUAGAAAAAGUUAAACAUCUUGAGAAUCAAAUAGCAAAAAGUCCUGUCAUUGAAUCUACCAGAGAAGAUUCUUCAAGCUUAGUUGCUGAACUUCAAGAAAAGCUUCAAGAAGAAAAAGCUAAGUUUCUAGAACAACUGGAAGAGCAAGAAAAAAGAAAGAAUGAAGAAAUGCAAAAUGUUCGGACAUCUUUGAUUGCUGAACAACAGACCAAUUUUAACACUGUUUUAACAAGAGAGAAAAUGAGAAAAGAAAACAUAAUAAAUGAUCUUAGUGAUAAGUUGAAAAGUACGAUGCAGCAACAAGAACGAGAUAAAGAUCUGAUAGAGUCACUUUCUGAAGAUCGAGCUCGUUUGCUUGAGGAAAAGAAAAAGCUUGAAGAAGAAGUCACUAAGCUGCGUAGUAGCAGUUUUGUUCCUUCGCCUUAUGUAGCUGCAGCGCCAGAACUUUAUGGAGCUUGUGCACCUGAACUCCCAGGUGAAACAGAUAGAUCGACCAUGGAAACAGCAGAUGAAGGAAGAGUAGACUCAGCAAUGGAGACAAGCAUGAUGUCUGUACAAGAAAAUAUCCAUAUGCUGUCUGAAGAAAAACAGAGGAUAAUGCUGUUAGAACGAACAUUGCAAUUGAAAGAAGAAGAAAAUAAACGGUUAAAUCAAAGACUGAUGUCUCAGAGCAUGUCUUCAGUAUCUUCAAGGCAUUCUGAAAAGAUAGCAAUUAGAGAUUUUCAGGUGGGAGAUUUGGUACUGAUCAUCCUAGAUGAACGCCACGACAAUUAUGUAUUAUUUACUGUUAGUCCUACUUUAUAUUUUCUGCAUUCAGAGUCUCUGCCUGCCCUGGAUCUCAAACCAGCUUCAGGUGUAUCUAGAAGACCCUGGGUACUUGGAAAAGUAAUGGAAAAGGAAUACUGUCAAGCCAAAAAGGCACAAAACAGAUUUAAAGUUCCUUUGGGGACAAAGUUUUACAGAGUGAAAGCCGUGUCAUGGAAUAAGAAAGUAUAACUUAUGGAAGUAAUUAAUAGGUUCUAUGACAUUUUCCUGAUUUGUCCAACAGUGCUCAUUCAUCACUACCAAAACAGCAGGCCAUCUUUUUAUACAAAAGUCAAUGUGACAAUGUACUUCAUUGGUGUACAUCAUUUACUUUUUAACUGGCUACAUUUUAGGAAUAAUAAAUUUCAUUAGAACCCUUGGCUGAAUUAAAAUGGUUUUGUUUUGGGACUUUUUUUUUUUUACCAAAAUAACUCUAGAAAUGUGGACCAAACUAGUUCAUUUUCUCAAAGGGCAUACCCUGUACAUUGUGGCUUAUAAUUAGCCAUAUUAAUUGCCUGUUAAAUAUACAUUAGCUUGAACUUAGAUGUUAAAUGUUAGUUAUUAUUACCAGCAUUUGUCCUUUUGUGAAAUCAGUAUCAGAAUACUUGCACUCUUUAACACAUUCUUUAUAAAAUGUAUAAAUUCUUCAAAACUAUUUAAAGAGGAGUGUUAUUGCAUGCAGAUAAUCAUUUUGAGUUUGCCUCAGUAGAUUACUAAAGCAAAUUGUUUCAUUUAUUUUUCUAAAUGCCCUUUGAUGUUUAAAAAAAAAAAGAACUAUAAUUUAAUUGACUGAUUUUGAGAUCAGCCAUAAAGAAUCAGCAAUCUUCAAAAGCACUUUCAAUAGACUGAUCAUCUGAGUUCUAAAGGGAAGAGUCUGUGUUGUUAACCAUUUCAAAUGCAGUACUCAGAUCUUCCCAACAUCUUUAUUACUCUGUUUAGAAUAAUCAUAUUGAUGAAAUCGUAAUUUAUGGUUGAGUUUCAGGAAAAAAGAUAUUCAUUGUACAUUAACCAUUUAGAGGUCAUUUAAAUAACAAAAUAUUGUAUUGUAAAAGACAUGUACAAUUUUAAAACAAUAAAGAUUUGAACCUGUAAAUGUGUGUGCCUUUUAAAGAAGGAUACAUUUUUAAUAUAUUUGAGUGAUUGUUAGGAAGUGUGAAAAAAUUGUUCUGUAUCAUAUCAAAGAGAAACAUGAUUAUUACAAAAAUGUUCUUUAUACUAUGUAACAGGGUAAAACAGUGUUAUAUAGAAUAGAAUUCUGUAAACUAGAUCUUUAGAGAAUUUGCCAUUGAACAAAGCUAUUUAAAUGAAUUCAUUGAGUUGGAUGAGACUUGUGUCAGGUUUGUUGCUAGAGAACAAUAAUAAAAUGAUUCUUUUUUGAAAAAUAUUUAAUUUCUUCAUAAAAAAUAAGUUAAAUAUUUUUUUAAAUAUGUGUACCUAAUAGUACAAAAAUGGAAUAAACAUCAUAGUGUAUAGAAAACUGAAUUUGACAACAUAUUAAUGAAUAAAUGAACAAAUGAUUUCACAUGUUUCUAUUCAA